AUCUCUGGAAACAUGGCUACAGAACAUGUUAAUGGAAAUGGUACUGAAGAGCCCAUGGAUACUACUUCUGCAGUUAUCCAUUCAGAAAAUUUUCAGACAUUGCUUGAUGCUGGUUUACCACAGAAAGUUGCUGAAAAACUAGAUGAAAUUUACGUUGCAGGGCUGGUUGCACAUAGCGAUUUAGAUGAAAGAGCUAUCGAAGCUUUAAAAGAAUUCAAUGAAGACGGCGCAUUGGCAGUUCUUCAGCAGUUUAAAGACAGUGAUCUCUCUCAUGUUCAGAACAAAAGUGCCUUUUUAUGUGGAGUCAUGAAGACUUAUAGGCAGAGAGAAAAACAGGGGACCAAAGUUGCAGAUUCUAGCAAAGGACCAGAUGAAGCAAAAAUUAAGGCACUCUUGGAAAGAACAGGCUACACACUCGAUGUGACCACUGGACAGAGGAAGUAUGGGGGACCGCCUCCAGAUUCCGUUUAUUCAGGUCAGCAGCCUUCUGUUGGCACUGAGAUAUUUGUGGGGAAGAUUCCAAGAGAUCUGUUUGAGGAUGAACUUGUUCCAUUAUUUGAAAAAGCUGGACCUAUAUGGGAUCUUCGUUUAAUGAUGGAUCCACUAACAGGUCUCAAUAGAGGUUAUGCGUUUGUCACUUUUUGUACAAAAGAAGCAGCUCAGGAGGCUGUUAAACUGUAUAAUAAUCACGAAAUUCGUUCUGGAAAACACAUUGGUGUCUGCAUCUCGGUUGCCAACAACAGGCUUUUUGUGGGCUCUAUUCCUAAGAGUAAAACCAAGGAACAGAUUCUUGAAGAAUUUAGCAAAGUAACAGAGGGUCUUACAGACGUCAUUUUAUACCACCAACCAGACGACAAGAAAAAAAACAGAGGCUUUUGUUUCCUUGAAUAUGAAGAUCACAAAACAGCUGCGCAGGCAAGACGUAGGUUAAUGAGUGGUAAAGUCAAGGUCUGGGGAAAUGUUGGAACUGUUGAAUGGGCUGAUCCUAUAGAAGACCCCGAUCCUGAGGUUAUGGCAAAGGUAAAAGUGCUGUUUGUACGCAACCUGGCUAAUACUGUAACAGAAGAGAUUUUAGAAAAGGCAUUUAGUCAGUUUGGGAAACUGGAACGAGUGAAGAAAUUAAAAGAUUAUGCUUUCAUUCAUUUUGAUGAACGAGAUGGUGCUGUCAAGGCUAUGGAAGAAAUGAAUGGCAAAGACUUGGAGGGAGAAAAUAUUGAAAUUGUUUUUGCUAAGCCACCAGAUCAGAAAAGGAAAGAAAGAAAAGCUCAGAGGCAAGCUGCAAAGAAUCAAAUGUAUGAUGAUUACUACUAUUAUGGUCCGCCUCAUAUGCCCCCUCCAACAAGAGGUCGAGGGCGUGGAGGCAGAGGUGGUUAUGGAUAUCCUCCAGAUUAUUACGGAUAUGAAGAUUAUUAUGAUUAUUAUGGCUAUGAUUACCAUAACUAUCGUGGUGGAUAUGAAGAUCCUUACUAUGGUUAUGAAGAUUUUCAAGUUGGAGCUAGAGGAAGGGGUGGUAGAGGAGCAAGGGGUGCUGCUCCAUCCAGAGGUCGCGGGGCUGCUCCUCCCCGUGGUAGAGCCGGUUAUUCACAGAGAGGAGGUCCUGGAUCAGCAAGAGGCGUUCGUGGUGCGAGAGGAGGUGCCCAACAACAAAGAGGCCGCGGGGUACGUGGUGCGAGGGGUGGCCGCGGUGGAAAUGUAGGAGGAAAGCGCAAAGCUGAUGGGUACAACCAGCCAGAUUCCAAGCGGCGCCAGACCAAUAAUCAGAACUGGGGCUCCCAACCCAUUGCUCAGCAACCGCUCCAAGCAGGGAAAAGGGGUCGAGGCCGGUCCUGACCUGUUACAAUGAAGACUGACUUGCUAUGUGGGAUUACACCAGAAGCUUGCAGUGGAGUAAUGGUAAGGAAAUCAAGCAACCUUAAAUAUCUCGGCUGUAUAGGAGCAUAUUCUAUUGCAGAAGACCUUCCUAUGAAGAUCAUGGAAUCAAAUACAGGACAUUGAACUAAUACUUGGACUUUGAUAUGAAUUUCUUUAACAAUUUUCUCUGCAGUGCAAGUUAUUAAACUAAAGCUACUCUAUUUUCCAAAUGUGUUCCAACAGAAAUUCUUCAUAACUUCUAGCAUGGUAUCUUAAUAAAGAAUAAAGUUCUUCUCUUUAAAAAAUCUGCUCUAAGUAGAUUUUUCCCCUGUUUUUUUAAAUUAAGGAUCCCAGCAUUGGUUUUCUGAAAUAUUCUCUUGAAUUUGUGCAUUUAAAUUUUAUUGCAGUGGUAUAGAUGAAUGCCAUUGUUGGUAUCCUUAACUUUUAUUUCUGCUCACCAAGGUUAAUCAUGAUUGUCUAUAUCUUUUUUAUAGUAAUCACUUUUGAAUUGUGUUCAGAUAUGCAGUUUCAGGUGUAAUCAUCAGAGCUGGUUAGUCAGGCAUUCCAGAUAGUGGUUCUUUUCAGAACCUUUUUUAAAGGGUUGGUUAACUACCUCAGUAGCAGAGGAUUGAACUAUACCCUGUCUGUACUGUACAUAGAAAAUCUUUGUAGAUAAAAGCAAGGCUUGUUAAAUGAUAUGAGGGUAAGAUUUUAAAUAUACCAAAUGUAACAUUCUUAGUUGCCUUUAGUUUCAGAGGCUUGUAAGACUUCCUCAUGAACAUCAUAACAGGCCUUGCUUUUGUCGUAUUUUGUGGCUGAAAAAGCAGCCUUGCUUCUUCAGAUAUUGUAGUUAUUUGGAUGUAUAAUAGUUUAGCAAGAUGUUACUUUUGUAAGACAUCAGAUGUUCAAAAAAAGUGCAUCCGAACUUGUACUAAAUACUGCAGUGUCCCUUUAUAAAAAGUCAGACUAAAACUGACAGUUGUACAGCAAAGCCUGACAUUUGGAUAUUUUGAAGUUUUUUCAUAAAUCAUAGAAAUUAGUAUAUGGCUGUAGUUUAGCUUUUUAGGUAAAAGGUAUGUUUCAUUAGUGCAUUUCUUACUGCUGAUCACUGCAAAAAUGUGAAUCAGCUUUCCAUUUCUUAUGCAGGUCAUGAUAACUUGUAGAAUAGAGUACAAUCAUUUGUGCUAUGUUUUUAAUUUUCUAAAGCACCUUGAUGACAGUGAGUGUUAAGUGGUGAAGCAUCCUCUAUUGAAUCACCCUCAAAAUUUUUUGCCAAGUCCUAAAUUGAUAGCUUAAAGUCAAAAGUGAAAUUAUAGUUUAAUUAGGACUUGGUAUAAAGAAAUCCCUUUUCCCCUUCCCCAAAGGGAUACUGCAGUUAUAUCACAUACCCAAUAGGCACCAUGACGAAGAUCAGAGCUUAUACUUAAUUAAGGUUUUAUACACACCAGUUUCCCCAGUAAAUGCAAAUUUAACAAGAAAAUUAGACAUGUCAUAUGUUCAAAAUGCUCAUGGCAAACAAUCAUUUUGCAUUCCUGCAAAUAAAAUUGUUUUAUACUGUAAGCUGGAGGCGAGUGUAACUUAUUUUUGUAAUAAAGUUUUUAUUUUUUUUAUGUGUCAUUAAUAUAAAUGUGUGUUAGUGUAGAAAUAUUCUGGUUUAAAAACUUAGAAAUGCACACAUUUCAGUAUGUUUAUUUGUACUUACAUAAUUUUAGAUAGUGGUUGCCAAUAGCCUGUAUGUUUCACAUUAAUUGGUUUUUUAUGUUAUCUUAAUAAACCAUUUUAGUAUGUUGUAUGUCAGUUACUGGGAUAGCUGGGACAUAGAGUGUAAUUUAAAAUUUGUCAAUAAGUAUUCAUUGGAAUAUAUGUAAAUGUGCCUUGCCGGUUAUUGAAACAUUACCUACAAAAUGAGUAUGGGGUGACAAAAAUUAGUUCCUGGUGCUUAAUGAAACUUUUUGCCACUGAUUUUAUAUAUUACCCCGUGCUUUUUUAAAGUACAUCUCUCAAAUCUUAGUGUAAGUUUGAGGGCUACACAAAACAUUUACAUUUCAUUCUAACAUAAAAUGAGUAAUAGGUUGUGGAAAGUGGGUAAACUAAAUGUAGCCUUCAGUAAAAUUGAAUCUCAGUGUAAUCCUUGGUGCUGGCACUUCCCAGGUCCAAGGAGUUAAAUGAUCCCAUCAAAGAGGUCAUUGCCAUGCCUAUUGGCACUUUACUGUCAUACCCUUUUUAAGGGACACUGUCAAGGUGUUUAAGUUAAUUCUCAGAAUUAUUUGUUGGGAUUUUAGAACAGGUUUGUUUGACUUAAGUAAGAACUGCAUUGUCAAAGUUGAAAGAUGAACAUUUUUGUGAGUUCACAAAUGUGUUCUUAAGAAAAUAUUAAAAUACGGAGCUGUGGGUUUCCAAGACUAUUUGGCAUUCUUAGUUUGGGGAUUUGGGAGGAAAAGCUGAUAUUAAAAAAAUUUGUGAAGAAUUGAUGGGUAAUGUAAACAGUGGUGAUUAAAUAUAUACACACUCAAGUGAAAUUACUUGACAGUGUUCAUUUGACUAACUUUGAAUUUAAGCCAUUAUAAUUACUUUUAAAAUUAAAUAAUCAUUUGCACUGUUCUGAUAAUGGGUGCAGUUUUUGAGCAAUAUAAUCAGAGCUAAAUAUGCAUGUAGUGAUUAGUGAUGUGAACAAUUAAGUACUGAGAAGAAAUACUAACUGGUAUUUUCAAACUUAAAUUUCUGUAGUAAAAUCAGUAUCAAACUCUUAUCAGAUCAAGGAAAACAGGCAAUGCAUAUAAACAUACUUUUGAAUGUUGUGUGGCCUAUAAAGCAAUAAUGCAAUUUUUAUGGAAUGUCAUGGGAUAUGAGAAAUGGAAAUGCAAAAAUAACUAAUCCUUUAGUAAAAAUGUCAACAUGUUAAAAAGGGGAAUGUUAACUAAUGUAGGUUAUUGAUAUUUGUGAUUUGUUUAUGGGUUCUUGGCUUUGACAGCUUCAAAGAAUGGAUAGAUGACAAGUUAAAAGAAAUUUUGUAUAUAAUUGUCAAGGAAUGGGUCUUAAAUCUAAGAAUCGAGUCCCUUCCUUGGGGUGAAAAUGUAUCCUUAAAGCAUUCUGAUUGUUGAAAAAUAACAAAACUUGAGUUACCUAACCAAAGCAGACGCAAGAUUUUGUUUCUGCAGACUACUUGGCAAUCAAAAGUGAUCAUCACUUUAGUUAAUCAGUUUUCAGAAAGUUGCUUUGUGAGAAAAUUCUGUUAGAUAUAUUCUCCCAAUCAUGCAUUUUGUGGGAGGUUUUCCAGCAUUGUGAUUGAAUCAGAUGUUAGAAAUGAAUGGGGGGUUUAGCACAAAAAGCGGUUGCACACUCAUGACGGCCAUUGUUGUAGCAUCAUGAGAAAUCUACCAAUGACUGCAAGUCUGAUUUAAUGAUUUACACUUUCUUCAUGAUAAAAUAGGAAUAGCAUACAUAGGAAUGGAUUUAUGGGGUGACCUCGGGUAUUCACUUGUAUGAAUCUGUUUGAAAAGAUUUAAUGAGGGUGAAUAUCAUGCUAGAUGGGCAAAAUUGUCACAUUCAGGACAGCUGUUUUGACUGCUAAGCCAAAAGUCACUGUUCAGAAACAUAGGAAAAAAAGACCAAACAGAGCAUGACAUAUAGUCUAUUUAAGGGGAGAAAUUACAGAGUAGGACUUAUGCAUUUAGGUGAGGGAGCUACCCCCCUAGAGUAAAUGAUUGCUCAGGUUCCUAAAACUUCAAGAAUACCCACCAUGGUCAUUUUCUCCCCAGUGAUAUAUACCAUAAACUUUUGAUCUGACCAUAGGAAUUCAAUGGUGGGUUGAAAAUGAAUCAAGACAUAACAAUACAUAAAAUGAACAGACUUGUGGGGAUAAUGUUUUAAAGUGUAGUAUUAAUUACUCAGUCAUACCACUCAAUAAAUAGGGCAUGCCACUACUUUUCUUAAGAUGCUAAUUAUCAGCCAGUGUUCAAAGACAUUUUUAACUGUGGGCAAAUUAGUGGAUGGACUUUUUUGUCUGUCACUUUUUAAAAAAGUACUUAAGAUACAAGUUUUAUUAGUACCACAGUCUGCCUUCAGUAAUAUGCCUAAAAUAUUUUUCAGGGCCAGGAGCAUUCAGUUGAAAGAAAAUCUUUUUUACAACUGCAAAAUAGUAUUAAAACUAAUGCCCUGGUCCAAGAUUAGGUUUUUAAUGAUAUUAACAGUAGUCUGAUAAACAUCUAGAAGUCUGGCAUUGAGAAACAAAAGCUUGUACCUGACUAGUAUUUUUAUUUAAAAAAAUUAGUUCUGUUAGCUUAUUUAAAUUCUCUUACAUUUAUUUAUCUGUAGAAUUUAUAUUUAUUUCAUUCCUUUUAUCUCACUGAAAACUGUCUGCAGGCUCUUUGAUUUGGAUUAGAUGUGUGAAGUACUGUCUUUUGCCAAAAACCUCAAAAUUACCUGUUCUUUUCAACGUAGUGGGUUUGUGCUUGUUUGGAGAUCAGUUCAAAAACUAUCUGUACUAUCUGUACUGCCUCUGAUGUUAAGAUUUUAUGUAUAGCAUAAGGAAGCUAGCUCUGACUAUAUUUUCCUAAGAAUAAAGACCUAUUUUUGUAGCAUG